CAAGUCGAAAACCUUAUAAGUCUCUACUUCCAGCUAUUUGAUCUUCAGUGUCACUUUGUUAUGCGUUGGCAAUAAAAUUGUUCAUAGGAAAUUUCUGUUUCAUGUUUAUCCGUGAAAUUUCGUCUGAAAUUAAUAAUUUUUUUUACGAGAUGAAGGGAAUCAUACUGUGUGCAGUUCUCCUAGUUUUUCUAGCCAGAAAUCAAUCGCAUGGGGCAAGUACGGACAUGGAAUUCAUGAAGGAUCCAAAUUUCCCAGGCAAUCCACUUUGGAUGAAGAAUUUGAAGGAAAGCCUACCAAUGAACAAACCAGGUUUUCCAGGCAGUCCAGAAUGGAACAGAAAAUUAGAAGAGAAAAUGAGUGGCGCAGACUUCCCAGGUAGCCCAGAAUGGCAGAAAAAAUUAGAAGAAAGCAUAAAUAAUUCCAUGGCAUCAGCAAAUACUCAAGCUACCGGAUCGAGUGUUGUGACUCCAAUUGAUAGUAAAAUUAGGAAACCUAGACCACCAAAAGUGAGACCUGUUAUUGUCAAACCUUCAAGACCUAGUAGACCUGUAAAGCCAAGUAAACCUUUCUUGAAACCUACAACACCGGUUACCUUUGUUGGUGAUGAGGAUAGAAACAUAAUGACUAACAUGCAGAACUCAAAUAUUGAGGAGAAUGUAGUGAUAAAUCCAAUCAUCCAAACUAUGUAUGAUGAUGGGAAACUAAUCACCACCACACCCAAUGCCAUGAUUUCUCCAGCCGUUCCAAAUCCACCAUCUCCAGUAACACCGACUGUGUACAAAGGACCAACGAAUAUGAAGAUCCCUCAUGCGCCUCCGAACUUCCCAUUCCCUCCAGAUUGUUCAGCAGUCCCUGAUCCAGGCUAUAAAUUUGGAGAUUUAACGGUACUCUUCAAGAACAAUAAUAUUGGGAAUCAAAACCAAGUAACAGAAACUAAGCACAGGUCUUUCCUGUGUACUGACCCUGAAUAUGGUCAGGACAGCUUCUAUAUGCAGAUCACAGAGUAUAGACAUGGUUCUAACACGGGUGUCAGCAGGACGGCCGUAUACUAUGACAAGACCGGGAAGAAAAUUGAUUAUUCACGGAAAAUGGUGCUACUACCCCUUGGAGAGAGUCUACCAGAUACACCCAGGAAUGACUAUUUGGGAAUGGAUGUUACGUUCUAAUGAGAGGAACGGAGAAUCAUAAGAUCUGUGUCAAAACCAAUAAUUGGAAAUGAUAUUAUUGAUGAUGAAAUAAAAUUAAUGAUAUCAGCUUA